AUGGCGCUUUACAUUUUGUACGUUGCUUUGCUGGUUGGUGCAUUGUGGAAUGCACCUUCUGCCAAUGGGAUCGAUCUUAACGUCUUAUGUCAAGACGUACGUUUCGGAACCUACCCCCAUCCAACCGAUUGCCGACAGUACGUGCUGUGUAUUCUUUCUGCACCGGUUGUGGUGCCCUGUCCAGCCGGAUACGUAUUCCAACCGGAGGUACAGUUCUGUGUGCAAGCGUCACAGUACGAGUGCAGUGCGGUCACAACAACUAUUCCCACGCCCGAACCGUCCAGCACUACGGUGGAACCGGAGUGCGAGCGGCGUCCAUCCUGGGAAUCAUUCUUCUGCGAUGGCGUACGCCGUAGACUCGUCACAAAUCCCAUGAACUGCACCCAAUACAUCCACUGCCAGUCGGAUCCACCGAAAAACCAUCAUUGCCCAACCGGCACUGUCUUCAACGAUCUGUACCAAGACUGCCUGGCUGGAGACGCCCAGUCCUGCGUGGGGGCCACCGUCGGAGAGCACUUUUGCGCCAACCGCACUGACGGCAGCUACGCUCAUCCGUACCAAUGCAACCGAUUCAUCUCCUGCGUGCGGCAACAAGUGCGACUCGAAUCAUGUCCACCCUUCUAUGUAUUCGAUCCAGCCGUCGGACACUGCGUGAAGGGAAGCGUGCUUGACUGUUCAAGCCUGUUGAAUUAG